AUGGAAGAUACCACAAAGUGGGCAACACAUGACGUGGGGACGAAGCACGAAAACAUAACAGCGGCGCUGGUGUACGCUGGGGAGAGGUUGGAGUAUCCGGGACUCAUCAGGUCAAAUAUGGUGACGCCACGAAGCCAGUGGCAUCCUCGCGUCAACAGGUUCGCCUGUUCAGAUGUGAAAAUUCAGAUGUUUCCGGCGUUUCCUAGAGAAUCAGUGGUAACACGCUCGCCUCGGAUGCCCGAUGUCCGGAGUUCAAGCUCAGGCAUGGCCAAGGGCUUGGGCAACCUGGCAGUAUCCCAGCCCACGUGCUUCCUUCUGAUGGCAUGGCAGUUGGGCACCGAAAGGAUGCUACAGCUGAACGAUUUUUUUAGCGUAUCGCGUUCAGAAAGUGAUGUUUUAAUUCCUAGUGGUGGUAGUACUUACGAAACAGUUAUUACUUUACCACUGAAAUCGGGGCUCGCCGAUGAUGUUGACCAGACAGAUAACACCCCCUUAACAUGGAGCGCGCCACAGCCUUGUAUCAAACCCAGACACCAAGAGUCAGUGUUGAUCAAGGUCAGACAACGCCCCAGCAAUAUGCAGCACGUCACAGUCUCGUACCAAAGCCAGACCGUGUGCGUUAGCGUUGGACUAAGUUCAGACAGUGUCCUUCCAAUAAAUGGCUUCAGACCGUUGUACCUUUCGCACUCGCACGCACUCAAGCUCUCGCGCUCGCUUGUUCGAAAUAUAGCCGUUGUGUUCCCUUCUAGCAUUUUGAACAACAGACAACAUUGCUGUAACACCCCUUCGGUGCCUAGCUGCCAUGUCACCCGAAGGAAGGACGAAGGCUGGGAUACUGCGAUGUUGCCCAAGGCUAGACAGGAGAGUUCCAUAUUCGAGCGAGAACUGAAUUCACCUCUGGUUGCUUACUUUGCGUUAGUUCAAUACGGAAACCCAACUUCGACCUUGUCAGUCAGCGUACACUAUCACAUUAUGAUCCCAAGAUGA